GAGAGCGCAGCGACAAGCCACCGACCACUACGCUUUGUGCCCAGGCAUCCUCCUUCCCCACUCCUCCGUCCGUCCCUCCUCCACGAAGAUCUCUCGCGAUUAAACAAACGAUUCCCCAAAAAUCCACCUUCCUUGCUUGUUGUUAACCCAUCCCCUUGCCACCCCCUCCUGACCUCCUCCAGAUCCACAACCCGAAGCGGCGGCGUUUCUAGGAAGACGAAGAUAGUGAUUAAGGGCUAAAAGAGAUGGAUAGCAAAAAGAAGAGGAACAGGAAGAAGAAGGGAAACCAAGGGAAGAAUACUGGCGAUGCGAUGUCCAAUACCGAAGAAGCUGUUCCUCGGAGCGACAACCAUGAUUCAGCCCCAAAAGGAAAUUAUAGUGGCACUGACGCAGAUGAUGCGAUGUCCAGUGUUGGAGACGGAGUUCCUCCGUACCAGAAUCAGGAGCAGACUUCACAUGCAAAUCAGAAUGUUGUGAACGCUGAUGAAGCUAUAUCGUCCGUUGGUGAGGUGAUUCCCCGCGACGAGAAUCACGAACCUACCGUGACACAGGAGAAUCACAAGGCCAGUAAUACAGUCUAUGCAGAGCAGAGGAGCAUUGGGAUGUCAGAUUCUACCGUGGAACUUGACAAGGACCAACUUUAUGAAGCAAAGCUUGGUAAAUUACACGAUAACAUAAAGCAAUUGGAAGAUGAGAAGAGUUUAUGGCUUCAAAAAGUGAGCAUGAUGGAGAGCGAACUUGAAAAGUUGCAUAACAAAGUGGGUUAUCAUGCACAGGAUGAGGUCCUUUUGGAGGAAAAACUUAAUAAUCUACAGAAUGGAUACAACAUGCUUGUUAAAAAGGAGGAAGUUUUGGAUAACAAAGUCAAGUGCAUAGAGGAUGUCAAUGGUGUCCUAACUCAUCAAGAGACUUCUCUUAAAGAAAGAUUAAAUGGGCUGGAGGAAAUCAACAAAGCAUUGCAAGAGCAGGUGAAGGUAUUGGAUGAAGCUUCAAAAACUACUGUUGAGGAAAAUCAGCGGUUGGUGAUAAGUGUGGAUGAACUAGAGUCAAGAUUACAAACCCUUGAAGCAAAGAUUGCUCUGACUGAAGCCUCCAUGACUAAGGAGGCCCCUGAAAAUCAGGUGAUGGAUCAAACAAAUCAUGCCGGUUCACUUGUCGAUAAGCAGACCACAGGUCCUAUGACGAUGAUCAGUAAAGGUAACGAACAGAUUGCUGAGAGAGGUCUGAACAGUCCAUUGACAGUUACUUUGGACAACUUUCCUAUCAGUGCCUAUGCUAAUAAUCAUCAAGAUGGCAGUUCCGGGCACUUUCCAGAAGCAACCAGCAGCAAUGGUGGUGACGAGAUUCUCAUUGAUGUGGAUGCACACCAAGGAUUUGAUGAACCAAGAACGAGUGGAGAAAUCGUGCCAGUUCCAUUGGAUGAUAUACAGAUUCAUGAGGAUGGUCCACAGCCACCGGGAUCAGCUGUUGAUACAGAUGAGGUUCCGUUUACUGAUGCUCCCAUCGUCGGCGCCCCCUUCCGAUUGAUCUCAUUUGUUGCUCGGUAUGUCAGCGGCGCUGACUUGGUGAACCAAAAGUAACUCCACAUCUGUGCGUCGAGCUGCUUGAGAAUCUGCGUGCUGAAAAGAGGAAAUAGCAUUUUUUGUUCUGCUGACAUAGUUUCUUCAGUAAGCUUAUAGAAGUUCAUUAUACCGUUAAGAUAGUGGCGAAUGUGUUGGAUGAGUGCAUCGAAUUCUGCAGACAUAUGGAAGCUAUGGUGAUUCGUGGCAGUGCUCUUGUCACUGCUGAUUUUUCUUCCUCCCCUGUCAUUUUAUCAGGGCGUGAGAAGUUAUUGUUCCCAAUUUAUACAAGAGGGCUCUGUACUAUUGCCCUCACACACCAGUUUGAUCAUGUGAGAAGUUUUACUGGCCAGAUUUAUAUAUUCUAUUAACAUCUGAAAUUCUGGUA